AUGCAUUCUCAGAAAAAAGAGAUUGCAGAGAUGUCUUCAUCACCCGUGCCAUGCGUGGCUCAGAUCACUGCUACACUGAUCAUCGAGUCAGACCCAAGUUCUCACUUCACGACGCCCCAAACCGGCGAAGGCAGCAAGCUUCUAGAUCUUGUUGUGAAGGAACUUGUUGUGAAGGAACUUUUUGUGAAGGAACCUGUUGUGAAAGAACCUGUUGUGAAGGAACCUGUUGGAGAUGAACGUGUUGUGAAGGAACCUGUUGUGAAGCAACCUGUUGUGAAGGAACUUGUUGUGAAGGAAGUUUUUGUGAAGGAACCUGUUGUGAAGGAACCUGUUGUGAAGGAACCUGUUGUGAAGGAACCUGUUGUGAAGGAAGCUGUUGUGAAGGAACCAGUUGUGAAGGAACUUUUUGUGAAGGAACUUGUUGUGAAGGAACUUGUUGUGAAGGAACUUUUUGUGAAGGAACCUGUUGUGAAGGAACUUGUUGUGAAUGAAGUUGUUGUGAAUAAACCUAUUGUGUUAGAAAAUCCAUCUUGUUUUCACCAAUACAAUGAAGGACUUCUCAAUUCACUGGAGACGAAGAUUGUUGUGGACAAAAUUCCCUGGACUCCUUUUGUAAGCUUUGGUAUCAUCGACUUGAAGACCAUGUAG